CGCUUAAGUUAAACCCAUAGAAAGUACAACCCUUAAACCCUAGGAUCUCUUACUUCUAGACUCUUCGCUUAGGCUCAUUUUAAGCAUACCAACAACUGUCCUCUCGAAUAUUUUCCCCUGCAGUUCAUACAGUUUCUUCCGAGACAUUGCAGCAUGUACCGCUUUGCAGCUAAGCUUGCCUCAAAAGCCAGGGUUGGUGGAAACAGCAGCCAACAGAUUGGUAGUAGAUUGGGUUGGAACAGAAACUAUGCUGCAAAAGACAUUAGAUUUGGUGUGGAUGCAAGGGCUCUGAUGCUUAAGGGUGUUGAGGAUCUUGCUGAUGCUGUUAAAGUCACUAUGGGUCCAAAGGGGCGUAAUGUAGUGAUUGAACAAAGUUGGGGUGCCCCUAAAGUGACAAAAGAUGGUGUGACCGUUGCUAAAAGCAUUGAGUUCAAGGACAAGGUUAAGAACAUUGGUGCAAGCCUAGUGAAACAGGUCGCCAAUGCAACAAACGAUGUCGCUGGUGAUGGUACUACCUGUGCCACUGUCCUCACUCGCGCAAUAUUCACUGAAGGCUGCAAGUCUGUGGCAGCUGGCAUGAAUGCCAUGGACCUAAGACGUGGCAUCACAAUGGCUGUUGAUGCAGUUGUUACAAACUUGAAAAGUAGAGCAAGAAUGAUUAGCACGUCCGAAGAGAUUGCUCAGGUUGGAACAAUUUCUGCUAAUGGGGAAAGAGAAAUUGGUGAGCUGAUUGCAAAGGCUAUGGAGAAAGUAGGGAAAGAGGGUGUUAUCACAAUUCAAGAUGGAAAGACACUGUUUAAUGAAUUGGAAGUGGUUGAGGGGAUGAAGCUUGACAGAGGUUAUAUAUCUCCAUACUUCAUUACAAACCAGAAAAACCAGAAAUGUGAACUGGAUGACCCACUCAUUCUAAUCCAUGAGAAGAAAAUAUCAAGCUUACAUGCUAUUGUGAAAGUUUUGGAAUUAGCUUUGAAGAGGCAAAGGCCUCUUUUGAUAGUUUCGGAAGACGUUGAAAGUGAAGCCCUUGCAACUCUUAUUGUUAACAAACUUCGAGCUGGAAUUAAGGUUUGUGCUGUGAAAGCACCCGGAUUUGGUGAAAACAGGAAAUCGAGUUUGCAAGAUCUUGCUGUCUUAACUGGAGGCCAGGCAAGUGUUAUAAGUGAGGAACUCGGAAUGAACCUUGAAGAUAUUGAAUUGGAUAUGCUGGGCUCAUGCAAAAAGGUUACUAUAUCUAAGGAUGAUACUGUUGUACUUGAUGGUGCUGGUGAGAAGAAAUCCAUAGAAGAACGAUGUGAACAGAUUAGGUCUGCAAUUGAAUUGAGUACUUCUGAUUACGACAAGGAGAAGUUGCAAGAAAGGCUCGCAAAACUUUCUGGCGGUGUGGCUGUCCUCAAGAUUGGAGGUGCAAGUGAGGUUGAGGUAGGUGAGAAAAAGGACCGGGUGACUGAUGCUCUAAAUGCCACAAAAGCAGCUGUAGAAGAAGGAAUUGUGCCUGGUGGAGGUGUGGCCCUGCUAUAUGCCUCUAAAGAAUUGGAUAAGUUGCCGACUGCAAACUUCGAUCAGAAGAUUGGUGUGCAGAUUAUUCAGAAUGCAUUGCAGGCAUGUUGCCACAUUCUUAACUUACAUUCACAUCAUAAUUCUACACCUGUUUACACUAUUGCAUCAAAUGCCGGUGUUGAAGGUGCUGUUGUUGUGGGAAAGUUGUUGGAGUCGGACAACCCUGAUCUUGGAUAUGACGCGGCCAAAGGCGAAUAUGUGGAUAUGGUGAAAGCUGGAAUUAUUGACCCAUUGAAAGUUAUUAGGACUGCCCUUGUUGAUGCUGCUAGCGUGUCGUCGUUGAUGACAACUACAGAAGCAAUUGUGGUGGAGUCCAAGGACGAGAAGGCGGCGGCCCCACCAAUGGGUGACAUGGACUACUGAGGAGAGCAUGUGCUUUGAGGAUUAGGUCAUUAACUGUUUUGAGAGAAGGGGACUUGCACUGUCUUUGAUCAAUGAUUUUCUUUUCUGGUUGAUUCAGAGUUAUCAGUUUCCUAAUUGUCCUGUAUUUAAAGUUGAAGGCUGUUGGACAUGUGAAAAUUAAAUAAUGGGCCACCAAAUCAAAUUUACCAUUUGUUCAUUUGUUUGCUCUUCUUUGGACACUUGUUGCGGUCUCCUAUUGUACUUUGUAGAAUUUUGUGCCAGUUAG